UUACUGGAUCCCUCCAAUCUGGUAUUUCUCCGCCUUCACCAAACGCCUGUCGGGCCUUGAGCCAGCCAGCGAUCGAAACGUUUUGUUCCAGGCGCCGCCCCUUUCAGCUUCUGUCACGUUGACGCCCAGAAUCCCCCUUUCCGCCGACUCCGCCGGGCGCUUCCUUUGACCAUCUCGAACCUCAAGACUGGCGACAUUCUUCCCUCCAGCUACGCCUAAAGUGCUGGGAUUUCCUGACUAUCGAAGAUUUCACGGGGGUUUCCAAACGUGACUAGCCGCCGAGAUGAAUUCCACCCUUCCUUCUUGGAAGGACCGCACGCAGAAUCAGUUCGGCAAGCUUCAGAUCCAGGUACCAUGGCGGUCGAUCCAGCUCCUCGUCCCGCAUCGCAUGCGACGGAAGAUUCGCUCCAAGCUUCGCAGCAGGCUUUCUCCAACAUCUUCGAUCUCGUCUCUGCAAACAUCCUUUUCGCCCAUGGAUACGCUCCGAUCACUGCAGAGCCAUCGUUGGACGCUAUAUGACUUUCAAUACUUGCUCCUGCUGAUCCUCCUGAUCUUCUCCCUGAGUGUGAUGGGAUCUCCUGGGCCUUUGGGGAAGACGGCAAUGUUUACCCUACUUCUCCUUUCACUCCUACUCCCGAUUACUCGCCAAUUCUUCUUGCCGUUCCUUCCAAUUGCGGGGUGGCUUAUCUUCUUCUACGCCUGCCAAUUCGUUCCAAGCGAUUGGCGCCCGGCAAUCUGGGUCCGCGUGCUUCCGGCCCUGGAAAACAUCCUCUACGGAGCGAACAUCAGCAACAUUCUGUCUGCUCAUCAGAACGUUGUCUUGGACGUGCUGGCGUGGCUGCCUUAUGGCAUUUGUCACUAUGGCGCGCCAUUUGUCUGCUCGCUCAUCAUGUUCAUUUUCGGUCCUCCUGGCACGACUCCCCUCUUUGCACGGACUUUCGGUUACAUCAGCAUGACUGCUGUCGCCAUCCAGCUGUUUUUCCCCUGCUCGCCUCCGUGGUACGAGAACCUUUACGGGCUGGCACCGGCCGACUACUCCAUGCCGGGUAACCCCGCGGGUCUUGCUCGCAUCGACAAGCUUUUCGGAAUCGACCUGUACACCUCGGGCUUCAGACAGUCUCCUGUCGUGUUUGGUGCUUUCCCCUCUCUGCACGCUGCGGACUCGACUCUGGCCGCUUUGUUCAUGAGCCAUGUCUUCCCGCGGCUGAAGCCCUUGUUCGUGACUUACACCCUGUGGAUGUGGUGGGCAACCAUGUACCUGUCGCACCACUAUGCAGUGGAUUUGGUCGGUGGUGGCCUCCUGGCUACGGUUGCAUUCUACUUCGCCAAGACCCGAUUCCUCCCGCGCGUCCAGAGCGACAAGACGUUCCGCUGGGACUAUGACUACGUGGAGAUCGGAGACUCUGCUCGCGAAUAUGGCUACGACUUGGCUGCCUACGACGGCGACUUCAACCUUGACAGCGAUGAGUGGACGGUUGGAUCGUCAUCCUCCAUCUCCUCUGGCUCCCUGAGCCCGGUGGACGAUCACUACACCUGGGAAGGAGAGUCUUUGGCUUCGCCCAUCGCCGAUGUCGAGUCUGGCAGACAUAUGCUCAGUGCUUGAGCCAGUCGACCACCAUUUUGCACCAACCUCCCUGCAUAUACAGCAUCCACUUCUUGCAUCUAUUUACGAACGGCGUUAGUACAUUUGACGACAUGCUGGGUUUAUUGCAUUGAGCCGAUUUCGACACAUAAUAUCUUUAAUACCGCUUUUUAUUUCGCAGACCAGGUCGGAUGUUUCGAUUUUCCGUUUUGGAUUGGUCACCCUGGAUACUGCUAUGUUUUAUCUCUUCGUCUUGACCUAACUGUACAUCAUACCGCACACUUUUCUGGGCUGCGUUGCCGCAUGAUUCUGC